AUGAUCCGCAGGUCAGCCUUUCCAAUGAUUCUUCUGUUUCCAUGUCUGGUGUGCAGCACCUAUUUCUUCAAGACAGAUGUUGCCGCGCAGGACUUGGCCGGCGAAACCAACGGUGGUCAGUUUGCUUUCUAUGAUACCCCACUGUUUGCAGAGGGAAUCUCACAUCGACAGGAUGUAUGUGACCGCUAUUAUGCACUGAACAAUGGUACCAUGAAACUGGAGGACGUUCUUCGAGGGAUCAAGUUACACGCCAUAUUUGGUGCUUACUCCGGAUCAUACUUCAAUUAUAACAAUGAAACCGGAAUCCAACCAUAUGGUGGGAUUGUGGCUGAGAUUAUGGACGAAUUGGCGGUACGAGCGGGAUUUACUUGGAGAGAUAGUUUUGGCAUUUAUGAUGUUCCCUCCGGUGGAGUAAAUGAAACCUGGACAGAUCUGCUGGUCUGGAGUACUGAUACUUAUGAUAUUACAAUCGAUUGGUGGGCAAAGAGCCUUCCUCGGAUGAACUUGGGAGUUGCCUUUUUGAGAGACUGGUACGAUUCCAGUAUUAUAUUAAUCUCAAAGCAGAAUCUUGCCGACGAAGUGGGCACUGAAGCUAAAAUCAGCCUUGGCAACUGGAUGGAACCAUUCACAUGGGAGGUUUGGUGGGCCACCAUUGGAACUAUUCUCUUGUCAGGAGUUGCAUACCAGCUCAUAGAAUGGAUGUCCAAUGAUCGUGGAGAUCGAAAAUUCUGGGUUUGGUUUUCAGACAGUUUUUACCUGAGUGCAAUGAAUGCCACACAGGCCUAUGAAUAUGGAACUCCGCGCACUGCGGCUGGAAAGAUUUUUGGGUUCAGUUCGGCGCUGUGGGGAUUGAUUUUGACCGCAACCUACACGGCUAACCUGGCGUCUCUUUUGGUGACCACAAAUGACUCUCCACUGAGCCAAAUUGAAGGUAUCGAAGAUAUCACCUAUCUUAAGUAUCCAGUUUGUACCUGGGCCGGGACCAUUCUGGAUUCUCAUCUGGAAGCCAACCACGCCUCCACCAUUCGAAAACCAAAAAAAGAGCUGGUCGAUGUUUACAGUGCUUUGGACAGCAAUGAGUGUUUUUUUGCUGUUGACACAGUUCAAGGAUGGUUGGAACAUAAGAGUAAGCGUGAAUACAAUCCGGCCUGUAAACUGCAAUGGGUUGGUGGGGACCGAAAGGUUUCCACUAAUGGAGCUGGUUUCGUCGCCAAAGCGGAUGCUGGCGUCAAGUGCACAAGUCUCAUUCGAGAUGUACUCGACUACUACCUGGAACAGUUGGUGAGCGAGGGGUGGAUAGAGAAAGCAUGGGAGGUAGAAAAUCAGAGAAAACAAGACCUUGAUUGUGACAGCUUCCGACCUGAUCUACAAGCUUUGGGUGGAUUCGAAAUUCAAACUGCCGAGGACAGUGCUGCUGAUGAGAGUGGGCGCCGUAUUCGACGCUUGCAGCAGGAAGCAAUCCAGUCGUCCGGAAUUCACCAGCGACGACGAAUGAAGGCUGGAUCGAAGUCAGCAGCGUCUGCUGCAGGAGCUCUUGACGGAGGAAUAGACGAUAGUCAACAGAUGGAAUUAGGUGCCAUGAUUGGGUCUUUCAUGGUUCAUUGGGUUAUGAUGGCUAUCGCGGUGGUCGUAGCUGCCUUUCAGAGGUACCGAAAGCAAAAGCAACGUAAAUCACUUUCUGCUACGAGUAAGCUUGAAGGCGAUUCCAGUCACCCUGCUUUGGAGGGGUUCGACGAAUUGGAGAAGAAGAAUGCGAAUGUUAGCAAUCUUGAACUUAAGGAACAAAUACAAGUCCUGAAUCGAGCCCUAGUAUCCUCAAAGACUUCUCAAACCAGACUUAUGGAAGAACAGAUGGAGCUACGAGAUCAGAUUGAGAAUCUAUCCACAAUCCUUGAAAAAAUUGUCAAAGGAAAGAAAGAAGUUCAUAUAAAUGGGUCGUUUUGA